AUGAAACUUCGUCGUCUGUUUCAUGCAAAUAAAGAUAUACCCAUAAAAAUGACAAAUUUCAACGAAGUUGAAUUGGUCCGCUGUGUCGUGAUCGGUGAUUCCGAUUGCGGCAAAGAAAUGAUGCUGAAGAAAUAUGCUGAUUACUCUGGUGUGCCUUAUGAUAACGACAACGGUCAACUUGUGACCGCUUUCAAUGGUCGAAAAUGCGUGUUCGUGGACUCAAAAGCUGACCCUGGCUAUGAAGACCCGCAUGUUUUCCUGCUGUGCGUCUCAGUCGCUCGCCAUACUAGCGUUGAGGAAACCGUCAGAAUGAUCCUGGAUACCGUAAUUGAUCGAAUCCGCUCUGUACCCUUCGUUCUUGUUGGCACACAAAUAGAAAAACGUCUUCUGUCCCCCAUAGAAUAUAGCAAGGAGCACGGAACAAACUAUCAUCCGAUGUCCUUGCAUCAGGCCGAGUCUUUCGCCAAACGCAUUGGGGCCAGCAAAUACCUCGAAUGCUCCGAAGUUACAGGAGAGGGGCUCGAUGAGGUGUUUGAAGAAGCAUUUGACGUUGGUUACAGUUACGCAUUGAGCCAGCGAAACGGCUACCAGAGUCGGAAGUCCAGCGUCAGUAACGAGAAAGUCAGAAAGUCAAGCGUCUGCAUUACCCAGUGAUUCAUUUCAUUACUCACUUGAUCUCUAAUAAAUUAUCUUUGCUUAUAUGGCAAAUACAUCUUUUACGUGAUCCAGGCUUCCGCAAUAAAAGC